AUGGACGAAUCAGAUGUGGGCGAUCUGGAGAACAUGGUGGUGGAGGAGUUGGGCAUCUCAUUGAAGGAGCUUCAGGAGUUUAUAGACAAAGAGGUGGAGAAGAAUGAGUUUGUGAAGCAGCGGAAAGCUCAGUUGUUGGAGCUGGAGCAACUGGUGAAGCAGAAGGAGGAUGAGGUGGCUCACGUGGACAGCUUGUGUGACAAUGCUUCAAGGGCUCUUGAGGACUGUGAGGUGUUGGUGAAAACCCUGUACAGUGAGAUGGGCAUCACAUACAAGGAGACCAGCUCAGAGGACGAUGAAUCUUCCAAACCUGUGGAAGUCAUUGAAAUUCCAGAUGAGGAUGAGGAGGACGAUGAUGUCCUGAGUGUGGGAUCAGGAGAUGCAGUUGUUAGUAAAACUCCCAAAGAGAAACGACUGUUGAAAGAUGCUAUGGCUGCCAUGAAGAAAUGCCAAAAAGAUGUACAGAAUUUGGUGGAAGCCAUCCACAAGAAGUCUGAUGGACCCCAAACUCGAUUGUCUUCUCAUCCUUCUUCACCUUCAAGUUCUGUGGGUGGUCCCAACCAGGCCAAUGCAGCCAAUGACAUGAAAAAGGAUGGAGACCUUGUUGUGGGUAUGAGAAUUCUUGGCAAGAAGAGGACCAAAACAUGGCACAAAGGGACCUUGAUUUCCAUUCAGAUGGUCGGACCGGGUAAAAAAUACAAAGUGAAAUUUGACAACAAAGGGAAGAGUCUGCUAUCUGGCAACCAUAUAGCAUAUGACUACCAUCCACCACUAGAUAAACUGUUUGUUGGGAGCAGAGUAGUGGCCAGGUACAAAGAUGGCAACCAGGUGUGGCUGUAUGCUGGUAUCAUAGCGGAACCUCCCAGCAACAAGAACAAGAUGAGAUUUCUGAUCUUCUUCGAUGACGGCUAUGCUUCCUAUGUUACACACUCAGAACUGUACCCCAUAUGCAGGCCAUUAACCAAAACCUGGGAAGAUAUUGAAGAUGUUUCAUGCCGGGACUUCAUUGAAGAAUAUGUCACUGCGUACCCCAACCGCCCAAUGGUUCUGCUUAAGAGUGGUCAGCUGAUAAAAACAGAGUGGGAGGGCACCUGGUGGAAGUCCAAAGUAGAAGAGGUUGAUGGGAGCCUGGUGAAGAUUUUGUUCUUGGAUGACAAGCGUUGUGAAUGGAUCUAUCGAGGAUCCACCCGCUUGGAGCCCAUGUUUAGCAUGAAGACCUCCACAGCUUCCACACAAGAGAAAAAACAAGCAGGACAGCAGCGGACACGUCCUAACGUUGGCGCUGUGCGGAGUAAAGGACCCGUGGUGCAGUACACACAUGAUCUUACUGGCAGCGAAUCUCCUUAUAAACCUACAGCUCCAAGCUCACCCCAGUCAAUCCCAUCACCCCAACUUAUUGACACCGAUUCUGACAGCCAGCAGGCUUCAUCCAAGAAGCAAGUGGCGAAGAAAAGUACAUCAUUCCGCCCAGGAUCUGCAGGCUCUGGGCCAUCAUCUCCUGUACCCCCUGAGCAACCUACCCCCACCAUACGGCCCGUCCAGCAGACUCCAAUCCCCCAAAUGCAGAUUCAGGCUGUUCACACCAUCCAAGCUAUACAGACUAUUCCAACAAUACACGCAAUUCAGACUAACCAGACUAUUCAAAUAGCACAGACUCAAAGAUUUGUGACAAACGUGGCGCCCUUUCAAGUUGUCCAGACAAACGCCUUGCCGACAGAGAUCAUUUACAAGGCCCCCAUGGAGAAGCUGUUCUACCUACCUCACAUCUGUAGCUAUUCAUGCUUGUCCCGCAUCCGCGUGGUAAAUCAUCGGGGCAAGAACCCUCUGCUGGUGCCACUGCUGUACGACUUCCGCCGUAUGACCGCACGGAGGCGGGUGAACCGCAAGCUGGGAUUCCACGUCAUCUACAAAACGCCAUGCGGCCUCAGCCUGCGCACCAUGCCUGAGAUGGAGCGCUAUGUUUUAGAGACAAAUUGCGACAUGGUGUUCUUGGAAAUGUUCUGCUUGGACCCAUACGUGCUGGUGGACCGCAAGUUCCAGCCACAGAAACCUUUCUACUAUAUCCCAGACAUCACCUACGGCAAGGAGGAUGUGCCCCUGUCCUGCGUCAAUGAGAUAGAUCGGACCCCUCCUCCACAGGUGGCGUAUAGUAAGGAGCGCAUUCCCGGCAGAGGAGUAUUUAUUAACACGGGCAAGGACUUUCUGGUGGGAUGCGACUGCACGGAUGGAUGCCGAGACAGGACCAAAUGUGCUUGUCACCAACUGACGUUAGAUGCUACUCGCUGCACUCCUGGGGCUCAGGUCAACAUGCAAGCUGGAUACCAACACAAGCGUCUCGAAGAGUGCCUCCCUACAGGGGUGUAUGAAUGCAACAAGAGAUGUAAAUGCAAUCCAGGUAUCUGUACGAACCGCCUGGUGCAGCAUGGCCUCCAAGUGCGUCUGCAGCUCUUCAAAACGCAGAACAAAGGGUGGGGCAUCCGGUGUCUGGAUGACAUUGCAAAAGGAUCCUUUGUCUGUAUAUAUGCAGGUAAAAUCCUGACCGAUGACUUUGCAGACAAAGAAGGCUUAGAGAUGGGAGAUGAAUACUUUGCAAAUUUGGACCACAUCGAGAGUGUAGAAAACUAUAAGGAUGGUUACGAAAGCGAUGUCAAGUCAUCUUCUGAUAGCAGCGGAGUUGACCUCAAGGAGGACCACGAAGAAAACACCGGCACCGAUGACCAGGACGAGUCUCAAGACAGUUCGGACGACAAUUUUGGAAAGAACGAGGACAUCACAACCAGCUCUGUAUGGCGGAGCUAUGCUACGCGGCGGGACAACUAGGGGACAGAAAGAGAACGGGGCUGUAGAUACCGCCUCUAAGGACUCUGCUUUGGCCAGACAGACCAGCCAAGAGGAGAAUACAGACUGCAAACUGCCCGAGGAGACCUCCAAGAACAAGGUGGCUUCUUGGUUGAGCUCCAACACCAUGGCGGACUCCUUUUUGGACUCUGAUAGCCGGUCGUCUCUCAAAAUGGGAGAUGCGGCAGAAUUGGAGAAGCAUGUGAAGAAGGAGGAACCUACCAAGGAGACUGAAGACGGCAAACCUCCAGGGGCUGGAGAGAGCAAUCGAAUGUACGGUUAUAAUCCGGCACCAGCUAAACCCGAAGGCAUCAAGAGGCCCCUCAGCAAAACUGCAAUGCACCAGAUCAGACGCCAGUCCAAUGCCCAGUCUAAUGACGAGGUGCUGACCCUGUCCAGCAGUUCAGAGAGUGACGUGGGAAGCGGGGCAAAGAAGACCACCACCCAGGCCAACCCGAACGACAGCGAUGAUGUCCAGACCAUUUCUUCUGGUUCUGAUGUAGACGAGGACAAAAAGAACACGACCACCACUACAGGUCCAGUGAAGAGACAAGUGGCUGUAAAAUCCACCCGCGGCUUCGCCCUGAAAUCUACCUAUGGCAUCACGGUGAAGCCCAACAUGGCAUCUGCGGACAGAGGUGAUGGACUGAUUGGCCGGAGAACAACACGGCAGUUUUACGAUGGGGAGGAGUCCUGUUACAUUAUCGACGCCAAACUGGAGGGAAAUUUGGGGCGAUACUUGAAUCACAGCUGCAGUCCCAACCUGUUUGUACAGAAUGUGUUUGUGGACACACAUGACCUGCGCUUUCCCUGGGUGGCUUUCUUCGCCAGCAAGAGGAUACGAGCCGGCACAGAGCUGACCUGGGAUUACAACUACGAGGUGGGAAGUGUGGAAGGCAAGAAGCUGCUGUGCUGCUGCGGGUCCACAGAAUGCCGGGGGCGCCUCUUGUAA